AUGCGACGGGCAGGUAGCAGUGGCAGCUCGAGAUUUAUAUCAUCCAAAGCCAAUGUUAUUUUCAAGGAUGCAAAGUCAGCAGAAUUUCUUGCUGCUGUUGGCGAUAAAGAAUCUCUUUCUUUACUAGGUAGGCUUCCUGAGGUCGUUGUAACAGGUCGAGCAAAUGUUGGAAAGUCAUCCUUGCUUAAUUCUGUGAUUGGGCGUAGGGAUCUUCUUUUUACCAGCAAAAAAGCCGGCCGAACACAAACACUCAACUUUUUCCGUGUUGGAUCUCACCCUGGUCGCUUGAUCGUCGUCGACUCUCCGGGAUAUGGUGCCAGGGGUCGACCCGAGUGGGGUGAUUUGUUCAACCAUUAUCUAGAAACCCGGAAACAAUUACGCCGUGUCUUUAUCUUGAUUUCCGCUGCCCAUGGUGUAUGUGCUACGGAUGAGGCGAUGCUUUCUUCGUUGGAUGCUCAGAUACAGUCACUCGAUAGCACCUGCUGGACACUUCAAGCAAUAAUAACUAGGGCCGACGCACUGAAAACAAAUGGCCGCGCUCAAAUAAGCCAGAUCGAGCAAGAUAUCUUUCGCAUUGCCCCAACAUGCUUACCCGCUAUCGUCACCUCAUGUCCGUCCAAGGGAAUUGCUUUUGGCAUCGAUGAAGUUAGGAAGUCGAUUUCUCAUGCAUGUGGAAUCCUCCCUUAG